AUGGGAUUUGGCAAAAAGAUGAUAGGAAAGUAUGAGAUCGGUCGGACUAUCGGCGAAGGUACAUUUGCCAAGGUUAAGCUGGGUGUAGAUAGCACUACUGGGGAGUAUGUUGCACUCAAGGUCGUUGAUAAACUCACGGUCCAAAACACUAAUCUAAUGCACCAGGUGCAAAGAGAAAUAAGAACAAUGAAAAUUCUACAUCACCCCAACAUUGUACGUAUACAUGAGGUUAUAGGCACAAAGACAAAAAUCUAUAUCGUCAUGGAAUAUGUCCCCGGUGGACAACUCUCAGACAAGAUGUUAUAUUCCAAGAGGUUAAACGAAUCUGAGGCAAGAAAACUCUUUCAACAGUUGAUUGAUGUGGUAGACUACUGCCACAACAAGGGAGUGUAUCACAGAGAUUUAAAGCCAGAAAACUUGCUUUUGGAUAGCAAAGGGAAUAUAAAAGUAUCGGAUUUUGGACUAAGUGCAUUAAUGCAUAAGCCAGGUGGCCUGUUAUCUACAGCAUGUGGCUCUCCAAGCUACGUAGCACCCGAGCUAAUUGCGAAUAAGAGCUAUGAUGGUGCUGCAGCAGAUAUUUGGUCUUGCGGAGUAAUACUAUUUGAAUUACUAGCUGGUUGUCUCCCAUUUGACGACCGCAACCUGUUGUACUUGUAUAAGAAGGUACACAAUUUAACUCUAAUGAUAAAUCCACAAUUUAAACUUUUGUAUAAAUUAACUCUUAAACUGAUAUCUCUGCAUGCAAAGAUAACCAGGGCACAAUAUGAAUGUCCACAAUGGUUUACAGAGAGGCAAAAGAAGCUAAUCUCUAGACUACUUGAGCCAAAUUCCAUAAAGAGAAUUACAAUUCCAAAGAUCAUUGAAGAUGAAUGGUUUCAGAAGGAUUAUGUUCCUAGUUGCAGCAAUGAACAUUACGAGGACAUUGACUUAGAUGAUGUUAAAACAGCUUUUGACUCAAUUGAGGAGAAUUUCACUGAGACGAAUACGCUCAAAUCAUCAAGUUUUAUAAAUGCUUUCCAAUUGAUAGCCAUGUCAAAUGAUCUUGAUUUGUCAGGUCUUUUCGAGGAAAAGGAUGACAACAACAAGAAGACAAAGUUUGGGUCGGAGCAUGCAAUUCAUGAAACCAUAAAGAAAAUAGAAGCUGCUGCAACAGAUGUUAGUUUAUCAGUAGAAAGAAUGAACAACUUCAAGAUGAAAAUGCAUCGAAAAACGAAAAUGACAAGAUGUUGUAGAUCAUAUAUUGAACUAUCAGCAGAGGUGAUUGCAGUUACUCCAAAUAAUUGUGUUAUAGAAAUAUCAAAAUCUACAGGGGAGAUAGGAGUAUACAGAGAAUUUUGCAAAAGUUUAUCAAGUCUGCUGACUGAUAAACCCGAAUCAUCACAAAAACAAGAGCCAGACAAAGUCAACAGUAACAGCAAAAGUACACAAGAAAAAGAAUGGUGAUAGGCAACACAUCUUUGUAGAGUCAACCUAACAAUGUUUUCAAACAUCCCUAUAUCUGGCUAACUAUUUUACUCUUUUCCUACAUCCAGCUUCCCGGACAUAAGUUCAAAAGAAAGCAAAGAUUGUAGUGGUUAUUCAUCUUCAUAGUGAUUACCUUGUCUUUGCCUCUUUUGCUACAACAUUUGUCAUACCCGGCUCCAAAUGAAUCCUGAAAAAUUGCAGAAAUAAAUUUUCACCGAAUUGUAUUUAAACAAACACUAAACUAAAAUAAAAGCAUUCAUCUUCAUUUCAUUAAUGAGGGAGAGAGAGAGAGAUCAAUUGUUCAGGACCAACUCACAGUUCCUAACAUCUAGACCACUAUUGACAUUCUCUCCAUUUAUAGUUUAAAUUAAUAAAUCUUGCAGCAUAUUUCCAA